GCACAUGCGCAGACGCUCGGCGGACUUUUCAAUUUGGGUUCAAACCUGGUGACGCGGAUGUUCAGUGAAGUCGUGUCGGACUGUUAGGAUCGAACCCGCGGCGUUUUCAUCACAGCCUCGCAGACCACAGACCGAGUUCUGCACCGUGUGUCGGUUGGUGUCGGUUCUUCAUCUCUUCAUCCGAGCAACUCUUAAUGUUCAUCGAUCAUGUUCACUGCAAAGACAAUGACGCCUUUGAAAGCGUCCAAGCAGACGUCAGCUGCAGCGUCAAAGAUCAAGAAUAAGAUCCUCAACACGUCCUCCUUCUUCAAGGUUUCUCUGAAGACCAACAACAAGGCCUUAGCUCUGGCUCUGGAGGCCCAGAAGGAGCGGAGCCGGCAGCUGGAGAUGGAGAUCGUGUAUCUGCAGAAACAAGGGGAGGCUCUGUGCUUCGAGUUGGCCACCAGGAAAUACAAGGACAGGAAACUGCUCCUCAUCUUGAAAAACCUCCAUUCGAACACUCUGCAGCACUUCGACAUGGUGUCCGACCUUUUCUCCGACUGUGAUCUUCCCAAACUAUCUCAGGAUAACAAGAACGUAUUAAAUAACGUCAUCGAGGAAAAUCCUGCAGUGGAAAGUCUCACAGAUCAGUCUCCUCCUCGCCCGGAAAUGGAAAAGGAUCUGUUGUGUCCCAGUAAAAACGCAACAGCGAAUCUGCCGGAAAAAAACAUGGAGGAAAAUCUCCACAACAAACCCAGAAAGUCCACAGACGCUAACAAAGAUGCGGAGAAGAGGCGAGUGACUCAGCGUAUUCAAGCUGUGGUGGCCGGAGCAUCCCGUCCGUCCAGCAGCCUGCGCGAAGAAGUCGAGAGGCUGUCGAUGAUGUUCUCUCAGUCGGGCUUUGACAUGAAGUCACUCCCCUGUUCUCAGAGCAGUCGAACCUCAUCCUCACGUCUCAGCACAUGUGAAGGAUCCAAACCAGCCUCCACUGACACGACAACUGAUCCAGAACUGAACCAGAGUAACAAACAAGAGAAAACCGUGCUUCUGAAUGCGACCAUGGAGAUGACGCAAAGCGACGACCCUGAGAUAGUCGUCGUGGAAACCAAGGCCAAAAAAAAACCCGGCAGCUCCAGCAAAAUGAAACGCAAGAAGAAAGAGGAAGAAGCCUUCAGGUUGAGUGCGGCUGAAAAUACUGGAGAGAAGAACUCUUCAGAUUCUGGGAUGAGUGAGGUUCAAACUGUUUCCACUGACACCGAGCUACAGACGGACGACCACGCACAAGAGGAACUCCGAGUUCAGCGUGAGUCGCCCAAAAAAACAAACACAUCUCUCAUUCCCAAACUGAAAAAACCUGAAGCUGGCAGCUGUCGGAAAAAGUCCAAAUUAAAAUCCUCACAAAACACCAAGUCCGGUGACACUGUCUCUUUGGAUCUUGACGAUUAUUUCAGAGAUUCCGACAAUAAAGUGAGAAACAGUGUAAAAGUACACGCAGAGAAAGAUGCAGCAGAAAACACAGUGUCCAAAAUCACAUGCAGGAGGUCGAGGACCAAAGGCAGGAGGGUCUCUUCAAUCAUCAAGAAGUCUUCCUUCACUUUGCCUUUUCCGUCUCAUAUAGGUGAGGGCGCUUGGUCUGAAUUGGAACAGCUUCAUAAAGAGGUGGAAGACGUUAAGAGUUAUGAAGAGAUUUGUGCAGAUGAGAUCAUUCUUCCUGUGUCGGACACAAGUGUCAACAAACCUCAGAGCAAAAUCAAAACCACGACAAACUCUGCACGACGUCACAAAUCAAAAUGCAGAGGCACGUUUGUCGUCUCGUUGACGUCAGCAGUAGCCGCUGAACAGGACUUCCUGCCUCCUACGGGAUCCUUCACCCGUGAGGAAGAGGAACUGUCGACAGACGCAGGCGUCGCUCGGCAACAGUCAGAAUCAAAUCCACUCGGGCACAGCGACGGGGCCUUUGUCGAGGAAACACCAGGCUCCUGUAAGCGUCCUUGGUUGUCCACUCAGGAGUCUGAGAGCCGUGGAGAGGACUUCAGCAGCGACGCCAACCACGAUGCACUGCUCCUGCAACAAGAUGCUGCUCCAGACACAGCGUCUCAGAAACCUAAAAAAGUCAGGAGAGAAGAGACGGGGCGAUCCGGCAAGAAGAAAACCCCACACAGGAAGGAGGGUGACGACCUUUUAAAUGACAAGAGGAAGAAGAAGAAGAAGAAAAGCAGCGGCAGCAACAAAGGAUUCAGAUCUGAGGAUGAAGCGUUGUGUUUUCUCCAGGACGUCACCGAUGACCCUGAAAGAAAUAAAGAGCGAUUAGAUGUGCAAGAGGCGGACUCGCGUUGGAACAUCAGCGAAGACAUUGACAUCUUUGAACAUUUCUAUGGUUCAAAACCCACCGAGUCAAAGUCCAGGGCGGAUUCCAAAAUAAAAGAGCGCAGAGCGAAACCCAAGCUGCACGAGCUCACAGAAAAUGCAAAUCCAAGGGAGACGUUUGUCGUGUACAGGCGGAAAACUAGAGACAUCACGACGAUGUCUGACGUGUCGGACGCCAACAGUCACACGCUGGACGCCAGGGAUGAGGCAGCUCGUCAGACUCUGGGAGACCUGCUGACGGACGAGGUGCCGCCGUGGUUGGCCAUGGACGUCAGCACCGCAAACACUGAGGGGGGGUCUUUCCUGGAUAGUCCGAAGAGGGAGACGUCAGGCGUGAGGGCGGCGGCGGCGAUGGAGGAGUCUGCUGCUGUCAUAACUGAAGCUUCUCCAGCAGGAAGAGUCUUAACAUCACUGACUAACACCAUCAUGACCCCAGACAGCGAAAACGGCGGCCGAACCAGGAGACGUCACGGUGUCGUCAGCUACAAGGAGCCGUCCCUCAACAGCAAAAUACGACGUGGAGAUAAAUUCACCGACAGCAAGUUUCUGAGCUCCCCGGUGUUUAAAGAUGGGAAGAAGAAGAAGAAGAAGCAGAAGAAGACCGCAGCAAAGCCAAAGCUAGAGACAUCCAUCUUGGACGACUGAUUAUUUAAUUUCUUUAAUCUGGUCUAUUUUAUUUAAUAGUUUCUUUUCUUUUGAGAAUUUUUAUCGAGUUUUUAAAAGCGUGUUUCUUGGCAGCCGAACCUGAUCUGUAUCUGUGUCUCCACUUGCUCUCCAGUGUUGUGUGGUUGUUGGUGGGUCAGAGAGAUUGACACUAGGUUGUUCAUGAAUGAUUCAGCUGAGAAAUCUGAGCCACGUCCCCGUGAACGGCUCCAGUUCCUCAAACGUUCCCAGAUUCACUUCUGCACGAGCGCAGCAUGUUCAGGGCUUUUGUGUCGUCACGUGAGCUGAGGUAUUGUUGUGCGUCGGUUUCUGGUCGUGCAGGACGGUGGUGAGUACAGGCUGUUUGACUUGUUCUACAUGAUGUCUGUCUUUUCAUCUAAAGUUGUUGUCUUUUCAUUAAAGUUGUUCUUGCACAGAAGAGGAUGGAUUCAGUUUGUUAUUCUUUACUCUGUCUGUUACUGAGAAUGUUUGGUUGAGACUUCACUAGUGUCAGGUUCACGUCUCGGCAACGUGGCACCACCACCCAGCAGUUAACUAACACUGUUAACAACGUUGUGUUUAGUAACACACACUCAUCAGUAUCUGAGUCUAUGUUUGCGGGACUGAAAACUUUCAUUUUACAAAAUAAACGAUGUAGAAAAGAUUCA